AUGGCUGUGAGAUUAUGUGACUGGAACAGACGCCUGACCCAGAGCCCGGGCAAUCAGAUCCAGUCCUGUAUGGCACUAACGAACAUAGUGCUGCAAUGUAUAAUGACAAGUGAUGGGUUUUUAGUAUUGUUUCAGCCUUACUUGGUAUUUUCCACAAAGGUAAUCUCAGCUAGAAAUCUACUUUUAUCUUUUUUUGCUAACCUCAGCUUCUGGCUCACAGCCUGGCUCUGCUCCUUCUACUGUGUGACCAUCGUUCGCUUCCAUCAUGAAGUUAUCACAAGUCUGAAGAUGAGGCUCCCUGAUGUGGUACCCAAGCUCCUACUGGGCACACUCUUAUUGUCCUUUUCCAUCAGUGUCCCUACUAUUUGGUACAUUAAGUUUGUCACUGAGAGCACAACAAGUGCAAAUCUGACAGGGAACUACUCUGCAAUGACUGCCUUUGUAUUUUAUCACAAUUCCACCUUUACGUCUAUUUUCAUUACCAUUGGAUGCAUCAUGCCGCUUGUUAUAACCCUUACAUCAAUAGGGUUUACUGUGGCCUCUCUACUGAGACAUGUUCAGCAAAUGAAACUCAAUGCUCCUAGUCUGAGCGCUGCCCAGCUGGAGGCGCAUUACAGAGCAUGUAGGACAAUGGUACUUCUUGUCAUUCUUUAUGUGACUUUUAAUGUGACUGCAAUCAGAUUCCCUUUCAGCAAUUUAUCUUUUGAAUUUUUUUUAAUCAUUUGGCUCAUCCUUCUGUUGUAUCCUACAGUCCAGGCUGUUAUUCUUAUCAUGGGGAGCUCCGAACUGAAAGGGACUUUGUCUCAAAUUAUUGGGUGUACCAGGUAG